CUCUGUAUUAAAUUCUAAUUUCAAGCGUAUUCGCACUGUUUACUUUUCCGACUCUUAUUCACCCGCAUGUAACUACUCCGCACAACGCAUGUCAAAGUCGCCCAUAACCUGCCAGGACGACGCCUACUACGACUUAUGCAAAUUUUGCGGUUCGAACUUCGGUUCGAUUCAACAACCACGGACUUCUAUCUCCUCUCCCCAUCCCUUGGUUGCCCGAAUAGUUGAUCUGUCAAGAACUGAGUAAUCCCAUUACUGCGACUUCACACUUCAAUUGCGUGAUUACUGCUUAAUGAUUUCCCCUCGUUAUUGUUGACUGUUCAAAUAACUCCGCUUAUGAAUAAGAUGGCCAUUAUUAUUCAGCGAAAGUGAUGACAUAUUCCAUUUCGCCCUGUGAGGCUGUGACGGAGAUAACCAUACAGCGUGUGUUCUCAUGAUGAAUAAUCAACAAGGACGCAAAAACCAACCCAUGCACGCGAAACAUGCUCAUUUUUCUUCCAAUUAAUUAUCAUCACUAAAAUAAAAGUAAACGACCCCGCUCUUCUCUAAACAUCAGUGCUUCAUUUCAUAUUUCAUUCAAUCUCUCGAGAUCAAAAAAGAGAAUCUGUAGCAAGAAUCACAUUGCUAACCCUUUCCCUUCCCGUGAUCGCCGGAGUGGAGUUAUGGAGUUAUGCACCCCCCACCUGGUAAAAAAUGCUAUCUUUUUUUUGCGCCUUAAAUCCUAGGAGGGGAUGGGAAGAAUAACAAGUAAUACUAUGACCUAGAAGAAUCUACCAACAUCUUCGCACAUCGACCGCCUUCUCUACAUUCCUUAAUCAUUGAUUUUCUUAAAACCCCUGUUCAAGCGCGUAUAUGAAAACAAACCCCCCCCCCCAUCUCAGAGAUCACUUCGCGGAUGAAUUGACAGCAAAAUGACAUAACUUAGUUAAUAACCUUGCUGCAUAAUUGAGUAAUCUAUGCAGGCGCAAUCUCCCCGCCUAACUCAACUUGCUUAACGUCAUCCACUUAUCCCUCGUUCGGCAGUCAACGACCGAACAAUCUUCUUCUCCCUUCCAAGAGGGAAAAAUUGUUAAGGAUAUAGAUGCUAUAUUGUACCUUGAACGUUGUUAUAAGGAGACGCUAAAAACAUCAGGAAUCGACUACUCAAUUCCUCAAUUGAUUUGAUGGAUGGAUAAAUUAUUCGGCGAGUCGAAACACACCCACCCUGGUUAUGGAAGAAAAUGCUGUGCAGGGUCUAUCCAAGAUCAUUCUCCUGUUUCUAUCAAUAGCACACACAGAUAUGUAUAUAUGCAUUCAAAACACAGCUAUAAGACGGGGGGCGGCAACGAAAAACAUACAAAAAAGGGUUUCGCGAAUGCAGACCCGAUUCCUCAAACUGUUUAAAACCUUUUAUUUUUUCGUUUUCGAAACGGACCCCCGGGCGGCUGUGAGAAAAUUUGAGGUGAGUUCGGGGUUAACGUUACUCAGCCACCGAAGAACGUGGGCCGCGGAACAGGAAUCAUUAGGUAUCUUGCAAGAAGAUCAGGUGUUGAAGCGAGGACAGCAAAGCGAACGGAAUGAACAUGAACUGAUGGACUGACCUGAAUAGACAAUGCCAAUUAUUUUAUGUUAUUUUUA